UAGCGCGCGAUGCAUUUCGUCGCAGUGGACCCGAACCCUUAGCCGGUAUCAACCCGCGACGCCGAAUUAUUCGACGCAUAUAAACGAAAGUGAAACCGAAAAAUAUUCCACUAUCUGCGCGAUCUGAGUCGAAGGCGUACCAUGAUAUAACCAUACAGAAGUGAACUUUCAACAACCAUUCCAAUCCAGUUCGGCGGACCAGCUUGAAGACGCUGAAAUUGAAAGCACACACGCAGCGACGGAUCUCACGUGAGAUACUUUGUGCGCGUGGCCGUGACGACAUAGUCGUAUCGAAGUGCGAUUAGUGAUCAACUUGAAAAGGGUAAAAAUGCCAGGCUCCAGUCCAGUAUCGGAUUGGUACCGGGGGAAAUCGAUAUUUCUCACCGGUGCCACUGGAUUCAUGGGAAAAGUAAUGUUGGAGAAACUAUUAUAUUCCUGUCCGGGAAUCAAAAAUAUUUACCUCUUACUCAGGAACAAGAGGGGAAAAACUCCGCAGCAGAGGAUCGAGGACAUGUGGAAGUUACCAAUGUUCGAAAGGCUUCGAGCAGCGCAACCGGAUGCCAUAAAGAAGGUCAUAGCCCUUUGCGGAGACGUAGAUUCGGAAAAUUUAGGUCUGAAAACGAACGAUGUAGAACUUCUAGCUGCUAACGUGAACAUCGUAUUCCACAUGGCUGCCACCUUGAAGCUCGAAGCUAACCUCAAAGAUGCCAUUGAACAAAAUACAGCCGGGACAGCUAGAGUUAUAGAUAUAUGCAAACAGAUCAGGAAGUUGGACGUUUUCGUGCAUUUUAGCACAGCUUUCUGCUCGGCCGACGUGGAAGUUUUUGAAGAAAGGGUAUACGAGAAUAAAGACAACCCGAGAGACGUGAUAAAUAUAACCAGAUGGCUCAAUCCUGAUGCUUUAGAAGUAGCUACGCCUAGUAUUAUUGCACCCCACCCCAACACUUACACGUAUAGCAAAAGGCUGGCAGAAACGCUUGUAGCAGAUGAAAAAAAUAACAUGCCCGUUUGCAUCGUCAGACCUGCCAUAGUAAUUCCUGCUGUGGAAGAACCCCUUCCAGGCUGGGUAGACAGUCUAAACGGACCGAUAGGAUUAUUAGCAGGCGCUGGCAAAGGCGUGAUACGAUCCAUGUACUGCAAGGGAGAAAACAAAGGACAUUUCAUACCAGUUGAUUACGCUAUCAACGCGAGCAUUUGCAUAGCUUAUUUAGUAGGAGCCAAAAAAACCAGUAAAUUUUUCAGGCGAAACGAAGUACCUGUCUAUAACCUGACGAUGUACGGUUUGCUGCCGAUAACCUACAGGGAAAUAAUAGAUCGAGGCCGCAGCAUAAUGUACUCAAGCCCUUUUGAAAUGAUGAUCUGGUACCCGGACGGUGACAUCAGACCUUCCAAAACUGUUCAUAACAUCUACAGCCUUUUCUAUCAUUGGAUCCCUGCUAUACUCAUAGACAUGCUGAUGUUGAUAUUUGGACAGAAGACAUUCAUGCUGAGGAUACAACGGAAGAUAUACGACGGCUUGAAUCUUCUCGAAUUUUUCUCAACAAGAGAAUGGAACUUCAGAAGUGAGAAAUUCGUAGCGAUACCCGAUCAACUGAGCGAUAGGGAUAGAAAAGAGUUCCCUAUGAACGAACUGAUACCUUUGGAGGAAUACAUGUUAAGAGCCUUGUUGGGCACGAGACAGUAUUGUUUGAAGGAGGAUCUGUCUUCUUUGCCUAGGUGUCGAAGAAAUUUAAAAAUAUUUUACGUGGUACACAAAGUUGCGGUAUAUGGAUUUUAUUUCUACAUCAUCUACCUAUUAAGUCGCUACUUCACUCCGCUUCAAAUACUCUUCGAUUUCGUGAGGACAAUUAUGAGUUACAUCCCGAUUAUAGGAUACAUCUUUAGUUAAGUUCAAUGUUCUUUAUAUAUUUUUUGUAUUUUUGUAAUUAUGGAAAUGUUAUGGUUGUUUAAUAAACUUGAAAAACCGACUCUAUAUUAGAUAGAUUGUAACGAAAACGCCGUUUUUACAACACUUGAAUACAUAGCUAUGACUAUGUCGCCUGGACUAUGGUAAUUCGCGUAAUCGACUAUCGGUCGACUAUCUCCGUCUGUGUAGGUAUUUAUCGUCGAAUCGAAGAGUCCAGAAGCACUCCCGCGUUUUCCAGACUCUUCAGAACCUGGUAGAUGGCGCUCACCAAGUUCUAGUUACGAGGGGCUUUCAAUAUAAAUUAUUUUGUUACGGUUUUACCUUUGUGCUCGUAUUUAACAGGAACUAGAUAGGCC